CCUCAAGCCAGUUUGUUUUGUAUCUUCCGAUUGAGCGGCAGCGGAGCUCGUGCCUCGUGAUUCCUCCGAUUCCACCGAUUCCUCGGAUUCUCCGAUUCUCAUCUGCUGCCCGCGUCCGUCGUUUCGUUGCCCCGACGUUUAUUCCGACGUGAAAAUUAACAAGAAAUAAACCCGAAACGGAAUCCCAGUGAGCGAUUGCGGCAAGUGCAGUUCAUUUUUCAGUGCAAUUAAAAUAGAGAUUUCUCCGGAUCCGUCAAGCUCAACGGAUGCGGCUCGUAAUGCCAAAGUCAAGCGUCAAACUAAUGUAUUGCCACUAGUGCCAGUGUUCCCGCUGCCGUCGCCGUCGCCUUCAUUGUCGUCGCCUGCGCCAAGAAUUUAUGGAAUUUGGCAUUUUGUGAAUUUAGCGAAAAUAUUUUCAUUGAGUGCCCCCAGCAAAUGUUUUGUGUGUUAUGUCGUCUCUCGGCUAGAAAUAAAAUUCACAAAAAGUAUCGCGAAAAUCUCAAAUAUUCACGUGCAAAUUCUCAGCGCGUAUAAUUUUAAUUACUAUUCAAAUUAACGGCAACAACAAAAUGGAAAACGACCCCAUAAAAGCAUCAGUUUUAAUCUACCCCACAAUAUAAAAGAAAGCCAUGUCAGAUUUGUGAAAUUGUUGAAUUUUUUACAUAUUCCAAAAGUGCACAACACAUGAUAUAUAUCAUAAAACAAAUACUGUAAAUCUUGCGGUAUUAAAAACCUGGAAAAUCUUUGUGGAUUAUACGACUUUCCAUUGCAUGCGAUGGUUCAACGGAAACGCGGAUGAGAGAGAAAACUGGAGUUCCAACGCCGAAGGGAAUGACAAGGAAUGGCGUGGAGUGGUGUGGCCGUGUAAAAUAGAAAACAAACGCAGUAGCAAUCAACAAUCAGCAGUCCACAAUCCAUCCACAAUCCACAAUGUGGAAAUGAUAAUUGCAAUUGCCUGGCGGAGCAAACAAAGCAAAAAGCAGUGAAGACGAGGGGCGUAAGGAAAGCCAAGAUAGAAAAUACUCACGAACGGGAAUUGCAAAUUCAAAGAAAAAGAAGUUUGUGAACAAAAGAAAUGAAAUAGCAAUAGAAAAAGAAAGAGAAGAAAAAGAGGCAAACAGGAGCUGUGGCGGAAAAGCAAAAAAAUAACAAAAGUUUAAACAAAAAAGACGAAAAGCAAUUAAAGCUCUGGAUACAAACGCGAUGGUGUUUUACAAUAUGUAAAUAUAAUUAGCCGAGCGGAGUUUUCAUUCCUGGAAUUUCGCCAGCCAACAACAAGACACGCCACCACCGGGCAGCUUUGAGUCGUUGUCGAGAGCAGAGCCGGUUUUAUAAUUACUCCAAGCUAGCUUUUCUCUCUCUCUCUCUCUCUCUCUCUCUCCGUGACUCUAUCUCUGUGUCUUGACGAGCUUAACGGAAGCUCAAGCCGGGCCCAGAGGCCUAGGCGCAGAUUCCGAUUACGAGACGAAUUCGAUUCUGAUCCGAUUCCGAUUCCGGUUCCCGUUGCGACCCUGACAAUUGGUGAUUCCAAAUCAAUUUCCACUCGAAUCGGUACAAAAACUGUGAUAACUCUGUGUAUUGGUGUAUUGUGAGUGACUCGACGCAGUUGCAAUUGCGGUUGCGACAAUGGCAGUGUCCUGCCCCGAAGUUAUGUACGGUGCCUACUAUCCAUAUCUGUAUGGGCGCGCUGGACCAAGUCGUUCAUUCUAUCAGUAUGAGAGGUUCAAUCAGGAUUUGUACUCCUCGUCGGGCGUUAAUUUGGCCGCCUCAUCGAGUGCCUCUGGCAGCUCCCACUCCCCCUGUAGUCCCAUUCUUCCGCCCUCGGUGAGCGCCAAUGCCGCCGCAGCGGCGGUUGCGGCGGCGGCGCACAAUAGUGCGGCAGCGGCAGUUGCCGUGGCAGCGAAUCAGGUCGGCACCUCCGGGUUGCAGCUGGGCGGAGGAGUCGGUGGUCCCGCCGGUGGAUUGCUGGGUAGUAAUGUGCCCGGGAGCAGUAGUGUUGGCAGCGUCGGGCUGGGCAUGAGUCCUGGCCUGAGUGGAGCCGCCGGACACUCGCUGCACAGUCGGACGCACACGCAUCCGCAUCCGCACCCGCAGACGCACACGCAUUCGCAUCCGCACACGCAAUCACACCCGCACCCGCAUACGCAUACGCAUACGCAUCAAACCAAAGAAGAGGAUCUCAACGUGCCACGCAGCGAAGCUGAAGCACGUUUGGUGGGCUCCCAACAGCACCAGCAUCACAACGAAUCAUCCUGCUCCUCCGGCCCGGACUCGCCCCGCCACGUGCACGCGCACAGCCACUCGCUGCACGGCGGCGGUGCGCCAGUGGGUGCAUCAUCGGCGGGCGGAACGGCCACAGGCGCCAUACCCAAGGAACUGCCGACCCUGGAUGCCCCACAGCCGGUCGGCGGCAAUAGCCAGGGGCAAGCUCAGUAUCUGUCGGCCACCUGCGUUGUAUUCACCAACUACUCGGGCGACACGGCCAGCGUGGUCGACGAGCAUUUCUCCCGCGCCCUCAACUACAACAACAAGGACACUAAAGAAAGCCAGAGCCCCAUGUCGACUCGCAACUUCCCACCAUCGUUCUGGAACAGCAAUUACGUGCACCCCAUACCCGCGCCCACACAUCCUCAGGUGACCGACUUGUAUGGCUCGGCGACGGACACUGGCUAUGCCACAGAUCCAUGGGUGCCGCACGCAGCGGCGGCCCACUACGGUUCCUAUGCCCAUGCGGCGCAUGCGCACGCAGCCCACGCACACGCCUACCACCACAAUAUGGCCCAAUACGGUAGCCUGCUCAGGCUGCCCCAGCAGUACGCGAGCCACGGUUCAAGACUCCACCACGACCAGCCGACGGCCCAUGCUCUCGAGUACUCCAGCUAUCCCACAAUGGCAGGUCUGGAGGCUCAAGUGCAGGAGACGUCGAAGGAUCUUUACUGGUUCUAGGUGGACCGAAGAAGGUGGACUAGCAAAUGUAUAAACUCCGAUCGAAAGAAUCCAGCUCUCUCUCUCAUCUUAAGGAUUGGGAGGUGGAGGCCCCUCAAAAAUAGCCAGACUUUCAGUCGGGCUUUGGAACCGCUUCUUAAGCAGCCUGCAGUCUGUGUUUCUGUGUGAGCAAAACAAUACAAAGGGAUAUCGAAAUUUAAUUUAAAUUUACCAUAAUGUUUAACGUUUAAAUAUAAUUCGUACAUUUUACACACAAAUUGUAAACAAUUUUUCGCGCAUUAAGCAUAGGGUUUUCAGAGUAAUUUGGUUUUGUAAGUUUAGCAUCCCAUAUCAGCAAGUUAGAACAUACAUACCUAUACAUAUACAUAUACAAAUACAUAUAUAUAAUGCAUAUACACUCUAUACAUAAAUAAAUAUACAAAUACAUAUAUGUACGUAUAAAAAUACACGGGUGCAUUGCUACUGUACUCGAAGCCUGCGUUGAUAACAUUUAAUAAUCGACAUUUCUUGUAUAGUUAACGUGAACUUUAACAUAACUUUAAAGCCACAAAACAAAGUUAGAGUUUAUUUUGUUUAAAACUUCAAUUUUUGCAAUUUCCACAAAUUAGGCUAACGAAAUUCAAAUGGAAAAC